AUGGCAUGCGAUAAAUGCCCUGCGCCUGGCAGCGAAGCCGAGAAAACAACUUCGGAUGAUGCGACGCGUCCAUCGCGCAUAUUUGACUGGGGUUUCCGAAUCCUUCCCGAAGGAUCUGCUUUAUUAUCUUCCUCUUGCUGUUGGCUACCGACCCUGUUAGAUUGGGUCUUUGCCGGUUCCAUAACGGCAACGGGUAUAGAGAAACUUCGCCCCUUUUUUCUGGCCAUUUCGAUCAUCACCCUCGCCUGGGGUAUUCGACGAGAAGGACCCAGUCGCGGCAUAAUCCGUCGGGCCAUCAUCAGUGCCAUCCUCGUGGCCUGGCAGGGAUACAAUCAACGCAGGGAGGCUGUGAACGGACACCACCACAGCUGCCACUGA